AUGGCAUCAAGAAACAGAGCACAUGCACUCGUUAAUAUAAUUUGCAAUCCAACUGAACCAGAGAAUAUGGCAUCCACGUCUCAUACACCUGUUUCUGUUUUGGUAAAGAAUGUCCUAACAGAACCACAUUCUUUUGAAAGGAUUGAAUCUCAGUUAGGGGAAAUUUUACUAACUGCAGACAAUGACCUCAUUCAAUUAGAAGACCUAGUGGCGCUUGACUCACCGUCGCUAUUAGAAACACCGUCUCCGAGGCCAACUUCACCACCACCUGUGAGAGAUGCUUGUGAGGAAUUUUCGCCUGAUGACGACAGCGAUUACGAACCACCCAAUGAUCGUGGUGCUUUAAGUUCGGAUUCAGAAAAUAUCCCUCCUAAUGAAGAGACUCUGCAAACGAACGAAGAGGUAGUUCACUUUGGAGAUAUGUUUGAAGGCCGACGUAGACAGAGACUAGCUCAACCCGAAAGUUGGAAGAAAAGUAUUACUAAACGGUUAAGGAUGGAGGGGAAAGAGUAUGUCGGUUACAAAAGACCAAAGGGUGAGAAAGUACAAAGCCAAAUUCGAAACCAAAGGGUCCUUGGCCCUAAAUGCAAUUCAGAUUUUUGUAGAAAUAGUAAGUUGAGAUGUUGUGAUGAAGUAGGGGAUGAGGACAGAGAGAAGAUAUUUCGACAAUUCUGGAGCAAUAUGGACUGGCAUCAACAAAAAGUGUAUGUUGCUAACAACAUAACUUUUCAGGGAAAAGGUAGGCAGACAUCAAUAAAUUCGAGAAGAGCUGGUACUUUCGUUUAUUUUUUUCCAGUGACUAAUUCUGUAGAUGGAACCACAACUAAGAAGCGUGUGUGCCGUGAAAUGUUUAUUCAAACUUUGUGUAUUGGAACAUUUUCAGUUCAAAAUUGGGCAAAAAAAAGGAAUAAGUGGCAUGCAUCUAUCUGA